GUUUGCUUAUGGACAUCAUUAUUUGAGGCCGCACGAAACUUAUCAUGAACCAACUAGAAAAUUUUUCCCUAAUGAAGUAAUGAGAGUACCGCUUUAUGAAGCUGUACCCGUCGAGUUAGUGAUGGAACAUUGUUGGGUAAUGGAUUUAAACACUUAUUGUAAAGGUCGUCCAAUGGGUGCGCCGGAAAAACACAUUUACAUCUGCGAGUAUCGCGUCGAUAAAACAGCGCGACUUUUUAGUAAAGUCUCAAAACCGAAAUUUCCCAUUUGUAUUAAAAGUUACGCUUUCGAACGUUUCGAUACGCGAUUAAAAGUGUCUCGAACUUAUACCCCCCACGAUUUAGAUCCCGCCAUGGUUAAACCAAGGGGAAGAAAACCGCAGGAAACGGAAGAUUUUCAACAACAACAACAAAGAGAUCGAGCUAGAAGUGUAGCUCAAAUUAGUAUCCAAGUGCCAGUUGUUAGGACAAGAACUGAACAAAAAGCGCGAUUAAAUAAGAUCUUAUUGAUUUUAUUGAAUAAAUUGCCGACGAAACAGCCGUUGGACGUGUCUUAUUUGUUGGAGGGAGGAAGACGUCGUAAAAAAACCACUUGAUAUUUGGAGUACUUUAGUUGAGCUAUCGGGUGAUAUAAAUAUAAAGUAGAAAAAAAGGAUGAAUAUUAAGAGGCGUUUUGGAAGGGUACACCAAAAACCCUGAUAUGCGAGCUUUGGUGGAUAACCCGAGUUUGGAGUUUACUGGACCAUAUCAACCUGGUUUAUCAGAAUUAUUAGUGAAAUGUGAACUUUUUGAUCAAGGUUAUAGUAUUGCAUUACCAGUUUGGAGUACUCCAAAACGAUUUACAACACGUUAUAAUUGGAAUGAAUGGAUAAAACUUCCAUUAAGAUUUUGCGACUUACCUCGUACAACUUUAUUAGCAAUCACAAUCUGUGAUUGCGGCACAGGGGGUGAAGCGAUUGCAAUAGGAGGAACAACGAUUCCUCUUUUUAGUAAAUACGGAUUGUUUCGAAGGGGGUCAAUAGAUUUAAGAGUUUGGCGUGGUCGAAGCGCCGACGGUAACGAUCCAAGCGUUACUCCAGGGAAAGAUAUCAACGUUUCCGAGGAGGGAAAACGCUUGGCUAAGUUAAAAAAAAAAUAUCAAACCGGUCGAAUUUCCGAAAUAACUUGGUUGGAUCGCUUAACUUUUCGCGAAUUAGAAAUAAUUAACGAACGAGAUAAGCGACAAUCAAAUUGUAUGUAUUUAUUGAUUGAAUUCCCUUCGACAAUCGAUAACGAUGGAACUUUUUAUCACGUUGUUUAUUUCGAAGAAGAAGGAAGCGAAGUUUUACAAUUUAAAGCCCAAGCGGAUAUCGUAACUUGUCCCGAUUACGAAAUUAACACCGAAAAUUUAAUCGAAAGCAAAUAUCACAAGUUAUCUCGUUCGCAUCGAAGCGUACAUUCAGAUCGAGAUGCAAAACCCAACGCGAUUUUACGCGAUAAACUCAAUCAAAUUGUCGCGUAUUCAAGUACGGUUCAACUCUCGAAUGAGGAACAAGACAACGUUUGGAGAUAUCGCUUUUAUUUAAGCAGCCAAAAAAAAGCUUUGACUAAAUUUUUAAAAUGUAUUAAUUGGGGGCAAAGUGGCGAAGUAAAACAAGCUUUGGCUAUGUUAGAUAUUUGGUCCCCAAUGGAUGUUGAAGACGCUUUAGAGCUUUUAGGGCCUAGUUUCACACAUUCCGCUGUUAGGAGAUACGCAAUUUCGCGAUUACAAGAAGCCCCCGAUGAAGAUUUAAUGUUAUAUUUACUCCAAUUAGUUCAAGCAUUGAAAUACGAAAAUUUUGAGUUAAUACAAGAAGGUUAUAGGAGAGUUUCAGAACAACAACAAGAGUUAUCAUUGAAUGAUGAUAAAGAAUCAAUGUUGGAAAAAAAAGAUAGUAAAGAAAGUAACAGCACGAUUACAAAUGAGCCACUAUUAAAUCGUUCGGCGAGUUGCACUCAAGGUGAAAUUAGUUUAGGUUCGAGAGAUUUCGAUUCGAUGCAACGCGCGAUUACCGUACCGGAAGAGUUGAUGCAAAAAAUGAAACUAACGAGUGAGUCGAGUAAUACGGAUACGUUGCAAAGUGAAUUGAAGGAGCAGGAGGUGCAAGAUUUGGCGUCUUUUUUGAUUAGUAGGGCUUGCAAAAAUUCGUCGUUGGCGAAUUAUUUUUAUUGGUAUUUAUUGAUUGAGUGUGGGGAUCAAGAGAAUGUUGAAAAAAAGAAAGAAGCUAAUUUAGUUCGUGAUACUUAUGUAACGGUGAUGAAAACAUUCUCGCAAACAUUAGCUCGUGGAAGUCCAGAGAUGCAAACGCGUCGAGACUUUUUAAAUCGCCAACAAAAAUUUAUGGAUAAACUUGUAAAAUUAAUUAAAAAAGUUUCCAGCGAAAACGUUAGUCGUAAGAAAAAAACGGAACGUUUACAACAAUUAUUGGCGGAUUCUGAUUCGUUAAAAAUCAAUUGGACUAAUUUCGAUCCAUUUCCUUUUCCGCUCGACCCAGAAGUUCAAAUUAAGGGUAUUUUACCCGAAAAAGCGAGUUUAUUUAAAUCGGCAUUCAUGCCGUCGAAGUUACAUUUCGUGACUACGAAAAAUACCGAAUACGUUGCGAUUUUUAAACACGGCGAUGAUUUGAGACAAGAUCAACUUAUUUUGCAAAUGAUUACUUUGAUGGAUAAAUUACUAAGGAAAGAAAAUUUGGAUGUAAAAUUAACUCCUUAUAAAGUUUUAGCGAUUAGUACUAAAAAUGGUUUUGUGCAAUUUAUCGAUUCGUAUACGAUAGCGGAAAUUGUGAGUACGGAUCACACAAUUCUUAAUUUUUUUAAGAAACAUCACCCGCAAGAAAAUUCCCCCAACGGAGUUGCACCUGAGAUUAUGGAUAAUUAUAUUCGUUCUUGUGCUGGAUAUUGCGUUAUAACUUAUUUGUUGGGAGUUGGUGAUCGACAUUUAGACAAUUUAUUAAUCACAACGCGAGGGGAGCUAUUUCAUAUUGAUUUUGGAUACAUUUUGGGGAGAGACCCAAAACCUUUACCUCCCCCUAUGAAACUUAGCAGAGAAAUGUUGGAUGCAAUGGGUGGAAUGCAAUCGGAAUAUUUCCAACAAUUUAAAAAACUUUGUUUCACUUCAUUUUUGCAUUUGAGACGUCAUGGGAAUUUGAUGUUAAAUUUAUUUUCAUUGAUGGUGGACGCUAGCGUUCCUGAUAUCGCUUUAGAACCGGAUAAAGCGGUGAAAAAAAUUGAGGAAAAGCUCCAAUUACAAAGAAGUGACGAAGAAGCUGUACAAUUAUUAAAAGAUAUGAUCGAUGAAUCGGCGAGCGCUGUUGUUGAUGUGUUUGUGGAGCAAUUACAUCGAAUAGCUCAAUAUUGGAGGAAAUAAAUUAUAUAUAAAUCGAUAAAUAAAUAAGAGGUUGCUUAUAAUUUAUGCUAUUUAAUAGGCGUUAAUUAAUCGGCGCCUUUAUUUUGUAUUUAUAUCUUAAGAAUGUAAUUAAUGUGAUAGUGCAAAAAAAUAAAUGAAUAGUUCGAA